AUGGCGGACCAUCAAAACGAAAUUGAGACGUUCGGCAGCAACGACGACUUCUGGAUCUUUGGAUACGGUGAAGAUCACCGCGGUACGCCCGAAGCUCCGGGACGCGUUGUCACGUUGAUCGAUAAAGCGCAUUGGGAGACUUUGACGGAUACUCAUGAGUCCACCGAACGCGUCUGGGGCGCCGCAUACCACAUCCCAGCUUCGAAGGUGCAAGAAGUACGCCAGUACCUUGAUAUUCGCGAGAUAAACGGGUAUUCGAUUCAAUUCACGCCGUUCCAUCCUGCUAUCAGCACCUCAGAGGUCACGUCUCCGCCGCACGAUUCCGAACCAACUGAAGCCGAAGCUGGCAUGCGGGCUGGCAUCAAGGCCACUAACACCAUCGCCGUGAGAGAGGAGGCGGGAAGUGUUAGAUGUUUGGUUUAUAUUGGGUUACCGGAGAAUCCGCAGUUUUUGGGUGCGCAGGAUCCGGAUGCGUUGGCGAGGAAGAUUUUGGAGAGCAAAGGUCCGAGUGGCGAGAACAAAGAGUACCUCUACAACCUGGAGACUGCACUGCUUGGUUUGAGCUACAAUAGCGGAGAUGCUCAUGUGAGCGACUUAGUAAGGCGAUGCAAAGCGCUGGAGAAAGAAGCUGGAAUCGGGAAUGAUCACGGAGACGGCGGUGCCGAGGGGUUGUACAGAGUAGGAAGCACCGAAGAACAAGAGGAGGUCGAAAAGUAA